AUGCAAUCGCAGGAGAACAUGCUGGAGCAAGCCAAGAAUGUCAAGGACUUGCUGGUAACAGUGGCAUGGGCGAUCGGCUCUGCUACCAGUGUGGGCGAAGUCUUUCUGGCAGGAGUGGGCACCCCGCGUUUCAAAGAACUCAAGAAGAAGCUUGAGGAGUUGGCUGCGGCAGGUGCUGUCUCGCACUCGUUAGAGGCCUUCCAGGCUCAAGAGAGCCUGGCGUGGCAAGACGAGGGAGACGAAGGCCCGGAGGGCUGGGAGGCCUCUCUGCCUCCGGAUCUCAAGCGGGCGGGGCCCGAGAUCUAUGCGUCUAUGAAGGCAGCCGGGGUGCGAUGCGUUCGCGACUGGGUGAACAGCAUGUUCAGCGUAGAUCAGAGACACUCUGCUCAUUAUGUUGAUCUUUUCAACCUGGCGUCUCUGGUCGACUUCAAGGCGAAAGAGGGAGGCGCGUCGCAAGCGAAGAUCCUGAGCAUCAUCGCGCAGGAUGACACCUGCGAGGUGGCGCUGCGCCGCCUAGCGGCCUGGAUACAUGAACGGCGCACCGGGGACAAGGAUGCCGCGCACAGCAUGCUUGCGAUCAAGCCGUCUUCUUUCUCUUCGGAUGUGGCGCCGAGCUGGUUGGUGACGGAAGCGGCUUCCUACAGCCAAUCGGAGCAUAAGCGCCGGGAGCGCGCGCGCGCGGGCAGGCCGGUGGUCACCAUGGUGGGGGCAACAGCAAGGGCGGCGAGCCCAAGGGCGGUAAGGGCAGAGGAAAGGACAAGAGGAAGGGCAGGGGCAAGGCCUCCACCCAGGGCUGACAGGAAGGCAGCCCUCGUGAAGCGCAGAGAUCUGAUCGAGGGCGAGUCUCUUUUUCUCUGCCCGGAGAUUUGA